CGCGCGCUCGCUUGUGUGCGCGUGUGUGGGCUAUGCACGGGGACACCUCAGUCCUGAUCAUGAGCGAUUCGGGCUCACGAGGAAAGCUUGUCUAAGACGGCGUCGGGGGUUGUUGUGGUAUGCCCGCAGCGUGGAAUUACUGUAUUUGAAUGUGUAACUUUGACUCCACUGCAUGUGCAUCCUUUUCUUCUUCUUUUGCAUUUCUUUCGCCGUUGCAGGCAUUAGUGUGGCAACUGUGGACGGGCACACGGGAGUGGGCUGCUGCCCACCAAAUCUGACUGUGUCUCGGAGGUGCUGAGAAGAAGAACAUGUAAGAGUCCGCAGGCAUCCCCGCAGAUCCUCCCGGAUUUACAGCCAAAAUGCAGAAAGGUCUGAGACUCAAUGAUGGCCACAUCACCUAUCUGGCUCUUUUGGCGAAGAAGGAUGGGACCAGGCGAGGUUGCCUGAGUAAGAAAAGCUCAGACAACACAAAAUGGCAUUCAAAGUGGUUCGCUUUGUUGCAGAAUAUGCUAUUUUAUUUUGAGAACGACUCCAGCUCACGCCCCUCCGGACUGUACCUGUUGGAGGGAUGUGUUUGUGACAGGGCACCGUCACCGAAACCGUCUCUCUCAGCGAAGGAAUGCUUAGAGAAGCAGUACUACUUUACGGUCACGUUCAAUCAUGACAACCAAAAGGCUUUGGAGCUGCGCACGGAGGACGUCAAGGACUGCGAUGAGUGGGUGGCUGCCAUCAUACAGGCCAGUUACAGGAACCUGGCGACAGAGCAUGAGACCCUCAUGCAGAAGUAUCUUCAUCUACUCCAAAUAGUGGAGACGGAGAAAACGGUUGCCAAGCAACUUCGACAACAGAUAGAGGAUGGGGAAAUCGAGAUAGAGCGGCUAAAAUCAGAGAUCGCUGGACUGCUUAAGGACAAUGAGAAGAUCCAGUCAAAUCCAGAGGUACCUCCCAGUGAAGAUGACACAGAGAUUAAGAAGAUCAAAAAGGUCCAGAGUUUCCUGCGAGGUUGGAUUUGCCGCAGGAAGUGGAAAACCAUCAUCCAGGACUACAUCCGUUCACCCCACGCUGAAAGCAUGAGGAAGAGGAACCAGGUGGUGUUUAGCAUGCUGGAGGCCGAGGCUGAAUACGUCCAGCAACUCCACAUCCUGGUCAACAACUUCCUGCGGCCGCUCCGCAUGGCCGCCAGCUCCAAGAAGCCGCCCAUUACUCACGAUGAUGUCAGCAGCAUCUUCCUCAACAGUGAGACCAUCAUGUUCCUCCAUCAGAUCUUCUACCAGGGCCUGAAGGCCCGGAUAGCCAGCUGGCCGACACUGGUGCUGGCGGACCUGUUUGACAUCUUGCUGCCCAUGCUGAACAUCUACCAGGAGUUUGUGAGGAACCACCAGUACAGCCUGCAGAUCCUGGCCCACUGCAAACAGAACCGAGACUUUGACAAGCUGCUGAAGCAGUAUGAAGCCAAGCCCGACUGUGAGGAGAGAACACUGGAGACCUUUCUCACUUACCCCAUGUUUCAGAUCCCUCGUUACAUCCUGACGCUGCACGAGUUGCUGGCUCACACCCCCCAUGAGCAUGUGGAGAGAAAUAGUUUAGACUACGCUAAGUCAAAACUGGAGGAACUUUCCAGAAUCAUGCAUGAUGAAGUGAGUGAGACGGAGAACAUCAGGAAGAACCUAGCUAUUGAGCGGAUGAUUGUGGAGGGUUGUGAAGUUCUGCUGGACACCAGUCAGACAUUUGUUAGGCAAGGUUCCCUGAUCCAAAUCCCAAUGAGCGAGAAAGGGAAGAUCACGAGAGGCCGACUGGGCUCUCUGUCUCUGAAGAAAGAAGGCGAGAGACAGUGUUUUCUCUUCACCAAACAUCUCAUCAUUUGUACCCGAGGCUCCGGGGGAAAACUUCACAUCACUAAGAAUGGAGUGGUCUCUCUCAUUGACUGCACACUGAUGGAGGAGCCAGAGGGGACAGACGAUGAGUCUAAAGGGGAGCGGAGUGGGCAGGACACAGAGCAUCUGGAUUUUAAAGUGAUGGUAGAGCCCAAAGACGUCCAGCCCUAUACCAUCAUCCUGGUGGCGUCAUCCCGACAGGAGAAGACAGCGUGGACAAGUGACAUCAGCCAGUGCAUAGACAACAUCCGCUGCAAUGGUCUGAUGAUGAACGCCUUUGAGGAAAACAGUAAAGUCUCCGUGCCACAGAUGAUUAAGUCGGACACCAGCUUGUACUGCGAUGACGUCGAUAUCCGCUUCAGCAAGAUGAUGAACUCCUGCAAGGUGCUGCAGAUCCGCUAUGCCAGCGUGGAGCGUUUGUUGGAGAGGCUGACCGACUUGCGCUUCCUCUCCAUCGACUUUCUGAACACCUUCCUCCACUCCUACCGCGUCUUCACUAGCGCUGACGUAGUGCUGGACAAGCUCAUCACUAUCUACAAGAAGCCCAUCAGUGCCAUCCCUGCACGUUCUUUGGAGCUUUUCUUUGCCAGCAGCCAGAGCAACAAACUCCUCUACGGCGAGCCACCCACGUCGCCGCGUGUCAGUCGCAAGUUCUCUUCCCCUCCUCCUCUCUCCAUCACCAAGACGUCCUCACCCAACCGCCGCCGCAAGCUUUCGCUCAACAUCCCCAUCAUCACAGGGGGCAAAGCCCUGGACCUUGCUGCACUCAGCUGUUCUCCCAAUGGCUAUGCAAGCAUGCACUCCACCAUGUCACCCUUCAGUAAGACCACCCUCGACAUCAACAAGCUCUAUGUGUCUAGCACCGUGGCCAGCAAAAUCCCCGAUGAGGGAGAGACCAAAGCGGAAGGCAAAGCUGAGGAGUCUGUCCUCAACAAGCAAGAUCUGUGUGUCAGAGAGGAAUGUGAUGGUGAGCCAAGUCAGAGUGACGAAGCAGAAGCAGAAAUGUCUCCUCCGAAAUCACCAUCAACACCCAAGAACGUCAAGUCCAAAAACUCUGAGUUUUCCCUGUUUUCCUUCAACAAUGGCAUGGUGGUGUCAUCUUGCCGGGAGCUGGACAAUAACCGGAGUGCCCUUUCUGCCGCCUCGGCCUUUGCCAUUGCCACCGCUGGUGCCAAUGAGGGCACGCCAACCAAGGAGAAGUACCGUCGUAUGUCGCUCGCCAGCACAGGUUUUCCUACAGAUCAGAGGAAUGGGGACAAAGAGUUUGUUAUCAGGAGAGCUGCCACAAACAGAGUCCUGAAUGUGCUGCGUCACUGGGUCUCCAAACACUCGCAGGACUUUGAGCUGAACACAGAGCUGAAGAUACGGGUAAUUGGCUUCCUGGAGGAGGUGAUGCAUGACCCAGAGCUCUUGACACAGGAAAGAAAGGCAGCUGCCAACAUUAUCAGGACUCUCACUCAGGAGGACCCUGGAGACAACCAGGUCACGCUGGAAGAGAUCACGCAGAUGGCCAUGGAGGACUGUAAGACUGAGCCGUUUGAGAGCCACUCUGCCCUGGAGAUAGCUGAGCAACUAACACUGCUCGACCACCUGGUCUUCAAAGUCAUCCCAUACGAGGAGUUUUUUGGUCAAGGCUGGAUGAAGAAUGACAAGAACGAGAGAACUCCCUACAUUAUGAAAACAACCAAGCAUUUCAACGAUAUCAGCAACAGGAUCGCCACAGAGAUCCUGCAGUGGGACGAUGUCAACCUGCGAGUGGGGGUGAUUGAGAAAUGGGUGGCAGUGGCUGACAUCUGUCGCUGCCUCCACAACUACAACGCCAUGCUGGAGAUCACGUCCUCACUCAACCGCAGCUCCGUCUUCCGCCUCAAGAAGACCUGGCUUAAAGUCUCCAAGCAGACAAAGACUGUGAUUGACAAGUUACAGAAGCUGGUGUCGUCAGAGGGGCGAUUCAAAAACCUGAGAGAAGCUCUGAAGAACUGUGACCCUCCCUGUGUUCCCUACCUGGGAAUGUACCUGACUGACCUGGCCUUCAUCGAGGAGGGAACACCCAACUACACAGAGGACAACCUGGUCAACUUCUCCAAGAUGAGAAUGAUAUCUCACAUUAUUAGAGAAAUACGCCAAUUUCAGCAAACGGCUUACAAGAUUGAUUAUCAACCAAAGGUUGCAAAGUACUUGCUGGACAGCAGCACAGCCCUGGAUGAGGAGAGCCUUUACGACGCAUCUCUAAGAAUCGAGCCCAAAACUUCAUCAUAAAGAGGAUCUCUCUCUCUCUCUCUCCCUCUCUCUCUCUCUCUCUCUCUCUCUCUCUCUCUCUCUUUCUUUCUCUCUCUCUCUCUCUAUCAAACCUCUCUCUUGGCUCUCAGGCUCCAACCAACAACGCUCAUUAAAUAUAUAUAAAAGGAGGGGUGACCGCUAGUGGCUCGGGUUCAAAUCUGACCUAAGGCUCUUUGCUGCGUGUCAUUCCCCAUCUCUCUCCCACCUCAGUCAAAAAAAAAAAUCACCCACGUACAAAUUGCCAAUCUAAGACAUAAAAUACUGCAAACACUAUAGGGAUACAAUAUAACGUAUAUAAAAUAAAUGAAUACAAAUUUGUAGUAGACAGUUAUUGCAACAUGAAUAAACUAAACAGGGAUCUAGUAAAUGUGUAUGCAUAAUGACAAAUAAUGUAUAUAUAUAUAUAUAUAUAUAUAUAUAUAUAUAUACAUCUAUUAGGGCUGUCAAAAUAAUGCGUUAAUUUUGAUUAAUCAAUCUGUGAAAAAAUAACUCGUUAAAAAUAACGCAGAUUAAUCCAUUCCAUAUUGACCUUUGACCCAGGGCCGUUCUAGCCACCAUUUGACUGCCAGGAUCAUUGAUUGGAACAUUUACUUAAAAAUGUCAUAGUCAUAUUGUUGAUUGUUAUGGUCAAUAUUUGAACAGUAAAAAUCAUAAUAAAAAGAGUUUUUGAAUUUUAAUGUCACCAAUGCCGAUUAUCCAUGGAUUCAUUUGAAUUGAAAUAUUUAAAAGACUUUCACAGCGAGAAUUAUGUAUGCGAUUAAUUUAGAUUAAUUAAUCACAGGGUAUGUAUUUAAUUUGAUUGCAUUUUUUAAUUGAUUGACAGCCCUAAUACAUACAUUAUAUAUAUAUAUAUAUUAUAUAUAUAUAUAUAUAUAUAUAUAUAUAUUAUAUAUAUAUAUAUAUAUAUUUAUCCAGAGAUGUAAACAGGUGUAAAACAGUAUGUGAUAACUAUCUCGAAGUCUUGAUGACCUCAAGAGUUCAGCAGUCUUAUGGCCUGUGGCACGAAGCUGUCCUUGAGCCUGGUGCUGCACCAGCGCUUGCUGCGGUACUGCCUGCAGGAUGGCAACCCCUAGGGGUCCCUGACAAUCCUUUUGGCUUUCUUUCUGCACCGCCAGGUGUAGAGGUCCUCCAUGGAUGGCAGCUUUGUCCUGGUGAUGUACUGAGCAGUUUCACCAUCCUCUGUAGAGCUCUGUAGAGCUCUGUAGAGUGCGGUGCAACUGCCAUACCAGGCGGUGAUGCAGCCAGUGUGGCUGCAUCACCGCAGUUGCAGUGGAGUGUACAGAAACAAUAUAUGAUAAUGUACAUACUAUUAUUUGUAUUAGACACAGUAGGCUGUGCCCUUCUAGUAUGUGGUCCCCAACGGACUCGUUCUGUAUAAUCGUUAUUAGAGACUGAGUAGAAGCCCAGAGAGGUUUUAUUUAUAUAGUUACAGAGUAUUUAUGUUAUUAAUCGUCUUAAAUACCAUUUUAUGAUAGUUAUUUUCAAACAGAAUACACAGAUGAGAGCGCUUACAGACAAGCUAUUUAGUCAUAUUGUAUUUGGAAUGUGCAGUACAUAAAAAGCUAUCCUUGGUCACAUUGGGGGUCACAUUUGACACAUGAUGAUCAAUUCCCGCUUUUCUGCUCAGAUGUCAAAGUCAAAGAGAAAACUGCACAUAAGCUCAGUUGUCCCCAUACAAACAUUCUGCCUGAUUAGUACAGCAACCAUUUCUUUAGCCUAUUUGUCCUCAAGUGUAGCUCUUCAAAGUCAAAAGUAAUACAAAUAUCUGCUAAUCUACUAGUUGCAUGAUCAUUAAUUCAAAGUUGUGUAUUAAGAUUUAAGAUAUUAGUCCUGGUUGAUUGAAUCCAGCGCAGAAAAGACAGAUUCUGCCACUAAAAGUAAAUACUGCUAAUUAUUGGAUGUAUAUUUGUGGAAUGGGAUGUGAUUACCAAAAACGUUAAGGUUUGGAAAUGUUGACACUUUUUAAGACUUUCCUUUCCAAGAAAUGAAUGGGGUAAAAAUUGGAACUGCUGUGGUGGCUAAAGUUGAAUCAUGUGCUCUGAUGUUUUAUGUAGCCACUGAAUGAGAAAGACACUUGGAAGUGUGAACUGGGAAACAUGUUUUCAGUUUGGAGAGAUGGGUUUUUAUGCUCUGCUUCUCAUCACUUUAUUCCCCUGGUGGGCAACAUGAUGUACAGUAUAAGCGACGGGCAUUGUAUGUAGCAGAUGUAACCAAUAUUGAGCCACUUCAUGAAGUUAAAUUCCCAACUUCACUCGGACAGUAAGAGCAUAGUUUGUAUGGUUAAUCCUCUUUGGCCAGUGCAUUAUGGUUUUGCCUUAAUCAUGAAAUGGAUUAUGUACCACAAACGUAUGUAAACUAUUUUGUUCUACGAUUUGCCAGUGAAGCAGAAAUAUUUGCUGUGUACAAUAUUGUGUACAGGCAGUCUGAUGCAUUUCCUAACGUGCAAUGUGUUAAAAAACAUAUCCCUCGAAAUGUGUUAUCCUUAUGAUUGUUCAACUCUGUAAUAAAUUCUGUGUAUAAUACUUUAAA